AUGUCUCCUGCUUUGAUUCGUCCCAGUCUGUCGCCUGAGCCAUCACAACAUAACUUCAAGCGCCGGAAGCUAUUCUCUGACUCACACUUCACCACCACCGCUACCAACAUGUCCACAAAUUCUCGAAUCUUGGAGCUUACUGAGGUUGAGGAGAAUUUACGCACCUUACUUCUUGAUGUUGCCAGAUACAUUGAUAAUUCUCCUGGACAUGCUUCGGAAAGUCAGGUGCCUCUACCUGAUGAGCUGGCAAACCAAUCUCUUGUCCUAAGAUGGACUGGUGGCUGGGUUCGUGACAAGCUUCUCGGCGUCGAAAGUCAUGAUAUUGAUGUAGCAAUCAACAAAAUGACUGGCUUCCAGUUCGGCCUGAGACUGAAGGAGUAUCUUGAAAUUCCUGGCAAUCCAGAGAAGUACGGCUUGGAAGGUGUCGCCAGUAACGAGUCUCAAUCCAAGAAGGCCGAAUCUGGAAAGAGCAAGAUCGUUGGUGGUCUGCACAAGAUCGAGGCAAAUCCGGAAAAGUCAAAGCAUCUGGAAACUGUCACAACAAAAAUCUUGGGCCUCGAUAUCGAUUUGGUCAAUCUACGUAAGGAGACGUAUACCGACGACAGCAGAAACCCUCAGAUGGAGUUCGGCACCCCAGAAGAGGAUGCCCUCAGACGUGACGCUACUGUUAACGCUAUGUUCUACAACAUCAACACUCGCGAGAUCGAGGAUUUCACAGGCAAGGGUCACAACGACAUGGCCAACAAGAUCAUUCGUACUCCCCUCGAGCCUUAUCAGACCUUCAAGGACGACCCUCUGCGUGUCUUGAGAUUGAUUAGAUUCGCCAGCAGGUUGAACUAUACAAUCGAAGCGGAAGCUUGCAAGUGGAUGAAAGAUGCUGAGAUCAAGAGUGCACUGCAAGCAAAGAUCAGCCGCGAAAGAGUCGGUGUCGAGCUUGAGAAGAUGCUCAGAGGUCCUGACCCUCUCAUGGCCCUAAAUCUGAUUGAUCAGCUCACUCUCUACUCUACCAUCUUUUCCGAUCCUGCCCAGGACCAGACCAAGGUCUUCACCCCAGAUAUCGACAACUGGAGUAUUGUUAUCAAUUUCGUGCAAGAGAUUAUGGCCUCCAAGACCAGUGAUGUCCUUGUUCGCGACGCCGAAGAAAGAUAUCUGAUCUGGUUGUUAUCCGCAAUCGUGCCAUACAGAGACGCCCCUUCGCCUCCAACCGUGGAGGGUAAGAAGCCACCACCACCUGUUGCUACUACUGUUGCACGCGAAGGCAUCAAAGCCACAAACAAUGUGUGCAACGUCAUUACCAACUCAAUCAAGAAUCACUCUGAGAUUUCCAUGAUGGUCAGCGACUCAUAUGGCCGCAAGCGUCCAGCACGUGAAGACUUGGGAAUGGCGAUUCGUCGUUGGGGAUCUAUCUGGAGAUCACAAACUGCUUUUGCACUGCUGGUUAACGUCGCCGAUGAACCCUCGGCAGCCAAAUCCCACCUUUCUGCAUUCGCGAACUUCCUGGAGUACCUCCAGGAAUUGGACCUCCUCGACGCGUACGCUCUUAAGCCCAUUCUUGACGGCAAAGCCCUGACCAAAGCUCUUGGUGUGCCUACUGGUCCCUGGAUGAAGGACGCCCUUGAUGUAGUGAUGCGCUGGCAACUACGCAACCCUGGCAAGAAGGAUACUGCCGAAGCCAUUGAAGAAGUCCGCGUUGCCAAAGACCAACCUCCAACUCCUGGUGAGCUCACAUCAGAUCUGAUGACAUUUNUUCUCCAGCUUACCAUCCGCCCGCUGUUUGCAAAGACACAAACGCAGCAGGUAACAAGUCAAGGGCGUAAGGUGCAGACCACCGUCCUACCCAAAAAGUUCGAGCGGAGUCAAGACGAAAAGACAUGGAAGGNNGGGAGGGAUAGUUAUGCGCUAGACUUGCUUCGCUGGGUCAUUGUCGCUGCAGAUAAUGGAUUGGUGGAGAAGAAUUGGCAUGCGAUAGUGCCACCGUUGCUCAGCAUGCUCGACGACAUCGAUACGGAAUACAAGGCUCAAGGUUGCGAGCUGCUCAAACUCUUGCUGGACAAGACACCGCCUACACUUCUGAAGCGCACUGGUCUGGGUGAUGUGUUUGAAGAGGCCUUGAUGCCGUGUCUGGGCUACCUACCUACCUUAACACCAGAAGACGAAAGUGCUCGACUGCUUGCUGUCGCCUACCCAGCCUUGAUCUCACUGUCUAAUGUCUUGGAAAAGCCCUCAACUACUUCAGAUCACCGAACACAAUCUCAGCGCACUAAGUUGCUUGACAACUUGGUACGUAAAGGCGUCUUGAUGACCUUCACCUACUGUCCUGAACACGCCAAAAUCACCACCGUCACAACCACAAACUUGAUCGCUAUCCUGACCUCCCUAGGUCUGGACUCUGUCAAGCAUCUUCCUUUCAUCUUGCCCAUGCUCUCCUCUAUCCUUACUCAUCCUUUCAUUACCGCCUCGCCUCCUUUAUUGCUGUCGUCUGUCCAAGCAUUGCAAGCUAUCGUGUUAAACACAUGGCCCAGAAUGCAUGUUCAUAAGACUGAAGUACUGAAAUGCGUAGCGGUGCCAUGGAUCAGAAUGCAAGAAGAGAGCGUGGCUGGAGAUGAGUUUGAGAGGAUAAAAGAAGAGUGUAAGGUUGUGGUGGAAAUGCUUAGAGAUGCUCUGCAAGAAAACGUUGAUGAAUUUGAUAGAGAAGUUUCGGAGCUGGUCAAAGUGGACAAGAGGUUGGCCGGGCUGUUUGUUGCAGUGGAGAAUGGCGAAGAAGACUCG